AUGGUGGCCCUAGGCAUGAUGGCAUGCAUGACCUUCACGUUGUUUUGGGGUAAAAAUCCAUUUUCCGCUACAAUGACGCCCAGGGGUCGAUGCGAAGGUUGUUGUCCAAUAAACGAAAAAGAGGACAUCGCAUUUUUUUCAUAUUCGAGGAACAACCCUUUUCGUCCGAAACGCAUAUACAUCGGCGACGAUGUCUCCCUGCGGGGAGCCAAUAUGAUGCAAAAUUUGACCACAGUCAUCUACGUCCACGGGUUUACGGAGCAGGGAAACUCCAAGGGUGCGGAGACCAUAAAAAAAGCGUAUUUGCACCGAGGAGGAGUGAAUAUUAUAAUAGUCGAUUGGAGUCCGAUGUGCGCAUUUCCGUGGUACAGUCACGCAGUGCUCAAUACACGUAUAGUCGCUAAAUACUUGGCCACGUUCAUCGAAUAUUUAGUGUCCAGAAGAUUCUAUCUGUCCAAAAUACAUUUAAUUGGAUUUAGUCUGGGCGCGGAAAUAGCCGGGUUCACCGGCAAGAAUCUGAAAAUCGGAAAACUUCCAAGAAUCACAGGACUCGACCCCGCUUUUCCGCUGUACAUGUGGACGGGCAAGAUGGGACAUCUAACGCCUUCGGACGCCGAGUUCGUGGACGUGAUACACACCGACGGAGGUGUAUUCGGAUUUCCGGUGGCCCUAGGUCACGCUGACUUUUUCCCGAACGGAGGUUUUCCACUGCAGCCCGGGUGCACCCUCCGGGAGCUGUCGAAGACCAACCUCAUCACCAGAAUCAUGGCCUGCAGUCACGACAGGGCGUGGGAGUAUUUCGCUGAAUCCGUCAUCAAUCCAAUUGGAUUCCCUUCGUUGCGAUGCCUAAACUACGAAUCGUUUACCAAUGGCACGUGCUUCAGAGACUUCGCGUACUCCAAGGAACAUAAAGUCCAGUACAUGGGAUUGGCAGUCAACAAACAGAUCAGAGGUCAAUUCUACUUGGCUACCAAGCCGGCGGCACCGUUCGCGUACAAUAAAAUAUAUAAACCCUAA